CCGCCUGCCGCUGCGCGUUCCGCGGGGGAGGAGUCGGAGGCGGAGAAGAAGGCGGUGGUGGCGGGUGGAGGAUCGAGCGCUGUUCUCGCUCCGGAGCCGCUGCACAGUUCGGAAUCUUCUGCAGCUUAUUUGUUGUCUGAAUAAAAAAUAAUUCACAUCCAUAAUUGCACUGAACUGGGCACACAAAAACUUCCAUAUAUGUCACAGUAUACUGAAAAAGAGCCAGCAGCAAUGGAUCAAGAAUCCAGCAAGGCUGCUUGGCCCAAACCAGCAGGAGGAUAUCAGACAAUCACAGGCAGGAGAUACGGAAGAAGACAUGCAUAUGUCAGUUUUAAACCAUGUAUGACCAGGCAUGAAAGAAGUUUAGGUCGGGCUGGUGAUGACUAUGAAGUGUUGGAACUAGAUGAUGUUCCAAAGGAAAAUUCCUCAGGUUCCAGUCCAUCAGAUCAAGUUCAUUCUUCUUUACCCAACGACCCUUUGUUUGAAAAAAGUGAAACAGAAAUUCCCAUUUGUGAUACAACAUCAAAUCAAACCAUUGAGAGCAGCCCAUCCUUUGCUGCAGUACAUCAUAGUGAGGAGGGCAGGGAGACUUUAGGAAACAGUACAAAUCUUCAUAAUCACUCUGAGGGAGAAUAUACUCCAGAAGCGUGCGAUGCUUCAAGUGUACAAAAUGGAAUUUCAUUGGUGCAUACUGACUCUUAUGAUCCAGAUGGCACACACGGAGAGGCCAAUGACCGUCUUCAGCUUUCUGCAGAAGUUGUGGAAGGUGGUGAAUAUCAGGAAGCAUUGAGCAAUGCAGUCUUUGAGUUGGCAAAUGGAGAGGUAGAGGCAUACACUGGUCUUUCACCUCCAAUUCCCUCUUUUAACUGUGAAGUAAGAGAUGAAUUUGAAGAGUUAGAUUCAGCACCUUUAGUCAAAAGUUCCACUGGUGAUACUGAGUUUGUCAAUCAGAACAGUCAGGAAUUUCAGAGGUCCUCUUCUGAAGAUGAAGUUGUUAGAAAGAAACAACAAAAUAAUACUAGUAAGGAGAGUCAGAGAGGAAAUGAAACUGAAGAUUCAGUGUGUGUCCCCCGGCAUAAUUGCAGUGAACAAAAUACUCGUGAUAAGAGCAAGAACCAGGCAAGUUCUCCUGAACAGGUAGUGAGACCCAAAGUUAGAAAAUUGAUAAGUUCAAGCCAGGUGGACCAAGAAACAGGUUUUAAUAGGCAUGAGGCUAAACAAAGAAGUGUCCAGAGGUGGAGGGAGGCUUUGGAAGUUGAGGAGAAUGGCUCAGAUGACCUCUUAAUAAAAUGUGAUGACUACGAUGGAGAACAUGACUGCAUGUUCUUGGAUCCCCCUUACUCAAGAGUUACACAUAGGGAAACAGAACAUAACCAAAUUACAGCAGAAAGCGGAGCCACGGCAGGAAGGCAAGAAGUUGUGGAUAACACCUUUUGGAAUGGCUGUGGAGAUUAUUACCAACUGUAUGACAAAGACGAAGACAGUUCAGAAUGCAGUGAUGGAGAGUGGUCUGCUUCUUUGCCUCAUCGAUUUUCUGGUACUGAAAAAGAUCAGUCGUCAAGUGAUGAAAGCUGGGAGACUUUGCCAGGAAAAGAUGAGAAUGAACCCGAACUACAGAGUGAUAGCAGUGGUCCUGAAGAAGAAAACCAAGAAUUAUCUCUACAGGAAGGGGAACAGACAUCCUUGGAAGAGGGAGAAAUUCCUUGGUUACAGUACAAUGAAGUCAAUGAAAGUAGCAGUGAUGAGGGAAAUGAGCCUGCCAAUGAAUUUGCACAGCCAGAAGCUUUCAUGUUGGAUGGUAACAAUAACCUUGAAGAUGACUCCAGUGUGAGUGAAGACUUAGAUGUGGAUUGGAGCCUGUUUGAUGGUUUUGCGGAUGGACUAGGAGUUGCUGAAGCUAUUUCCUAUGUGGAUCCUCAGUUCCUCACCUACAUGGCUCUAGAAGAACGCUUAGCCCAGGCUAUGGAGACCGCACUUGCACAUUUAGAGUCUCUUGCGGUGGAUGUUGAGGUGGCUAAUCCACCAGCCAGUAAAGAAAGCAUUGAUGGCCUUCCAGAGACCCUUGUUCUUGAAGACCACACUGCUAUUGGUCAGGAACAGUGCUGUCCAAUCUGUUGCAGUGAGUAUAUUAAGGAUGAUAUAGCAACAGAGCUGCCAUGCCACCAUUUCUUUCACAAACCUUGUGUCUCAAUUUGGCUACAGAAGUCUGGAACAUGCCCCGUGUGCCGCCGCCAUUUCCCACCUGCCGUCAUCGAAGCAUCUGGUUCUGCUUCUGCCGAGCCUGACCAGGACGCCCCACCUUCAAAUGACAGUUCUGCGGAAGCCCCCUAAACCUCAACACUUGAAUGAGAUCAUUCUAUCAAAGUAAAUCUGCAAAUUCCUUCUAAAUCUGAUGUGCAAAUAAUUAUAUAUAAAUAAAUUUAAAAUGCUAUAUAUAGUCUAUGCCAUAGUUUAGAAAGAAGGAUAUUAACCUUUCUAAACUAAAUUUAGGUUUGCAGAAAGUACUAAACAUUUUCAAGCUGAAUGUUGAAGCAGUGCAUCCAUUUUCUUUAGUUUAAUAUGUUGAUAAUUAAUUGUAAAGUCAAGCUUACCAAUUAACCCUCUCCAGAAGAAAUAAUCACAUAUGUGGCACACAUUAUUGGUUUUGUCUGAAGUACUGCCACUAAGUGAUUGUUAAUUAAGCUCUCCUGUUUGCAUCAAAUGUGAAAACUGUGAUCACAGCAGUAGUAAAAUUUGGUUUCAUUGGAAAUAAAAAGGAUUCUAAAACAUGCUUUUUCAUUGGUCCCUUUGCUUUUGCUACAUCAGAACCUCUUGGUUCAUAAUACUGAGUGAUUUUUUAGGAAAGUGUCUGCUCUUCGAUCUUUGUUUAAAAUUAGGACUUUGUAGAAUGCCAAACAAAAGCCAGAAUUUUGGCUAAAAUAUCACAAAAUUUUAAAACCUUAAA